AUGUUGUCCGGACGAAUCGGCUACGCUCUCGGUGGGGGAGAUAGUACCAAAAAAGUUUGUCAUGCUAGCAUGCAGCUAGACCCAAGAAGACCUUACUCAGAACUACAACGCAAACUUCAUUUUUUCUGGUAUGGGUCUACUUUUCCUUUUUGUUUAUUUUGUGUUGGAUGCGGGCUGGAUCGCACAACUUCCGAAGCAGGGACGGAUACUUAUCUAGCAUCAAGUUCAAACUGUUGUUCAAAACGGGUUGUUGACCGGGCGCAGAAGAUCCUGGUGACGUUCCUGACCACCUACUGACGAGAACAUCGGCACUGUAAACCGUCGGGCGAUCCUCGAGAAAAAAAAGGGAAUCGAGGAAAGCUCCAGACAAACUGUGGCGAAGAACGUGGGGGAGCGCCGGAAGUAGAUCUUCUUUAACUACUAGAUCAUCCAGCUGGGGGCAGCAGCUCAACAAGUUCAUCUACAGAUAUCAGAAUCUAUGGGCCGCUGGUGAACAAACACGCGAACGCGGCGCCUUCGUUUUGGGUGUUUUUUUUUGGCGGCACGCAAGCGGGAUGGGAGCAAAGUACUUGCUUUUCAUCGGGGCCGCGGCGCGAACGGAAUCAAGCCUUUGCCGGCGAUGUUGGGACGAAAGCAAGGGUGCCUAUAGACGAAUUUCCGCACUCUGUGGGAUUGCCGGACGAGGUCAGCACCGCCGGACGAGGUCAGCACCGCCGGACGAGGUCAGCCUCCCUCUCUCGCGAGAAGUGUCGGGCGACUAAGAAAUAAAGACUUUUUGCGUCUGAAAACAAAAAUAUGAGCAAUCAACGUCUUGUUGCUUGCUCAUGUUUUGUCGACAAUAGCGAGAACGAAAUCAUUCUUAUAAAGUAGAGGUGAAAAUCUUCGGUCCUCGUCCUUAGGGUU